AUGGUUUCACUAAAAGACGCUCCAACCUACGGACUGGCAAAGUGGCUGUUCCAACGUCUCAAGUUUCUGACCUCCGACUCGAACACCACAGUCAGCUCGUCAACGCAAUUCUUGAAGAAACUUAAAGGAGUAAAUUUCCUGUCAAGCAAUAUCAUGGUUUCCUUUGAUGUCACGUCCCUUUUUACUUCUAUUCCGCAGGACCUGGCAGUCGAGACCAUCAAACUACUCCUACGAGAGAAAUACGACGAAACGGAGAAUAGCCUCGGACAUGCCCAAAUCAUCCAGCUCCUGAAGUUCUGUUUCAAGACGUACUUUAAAUUCGACGGAACAAUCUACGAGCAGGUGAAGGGAACGUCAAUGGGUUCGCUGAUUUCGGAACUCAUAGCCGGGGCGGUGCUCCAGCGGUUGGAGUCGCUGGUCUUCCAACACCACAUACCGAAAUUUUGGCCUAGGUAUGUGGAUGACACCUUUGUCGACAUCGAACGGGAUCAGGUGCUGAUUUUCAAAGAACGACUCAACGCCGUCUUCCCGGACAUCCAAUUUGCGAUGAAGGAGGAGGAAAACAAUCAGCUGGCCUUCCUGGUUGUCCUCGUCUGCCGCAAAGAUUGUGGUGGCCUAAAAACCAAAGUGUUCAGGAAAGCGACAAAUACGACGCAAAUACUGAUCUUCAAUAGCAAUCACCCGAUCAGUCACAAACGUAGCUGCAUAAGGGAGCUAUACCGGCGCGUUGAGACGCACUGCAGUGAAAUGGAAGACAAGGUUUCUGAAUUACAAUAUCUUCGACGGUUAAUGAGAGCCAAUGGCUACCCGCGCAACUUUUCAACCAGUGCAUACGAAAAGGACACCAGAGACCAAAUCCAACUAGCCCCAAAUUUUGGCGGGCUUUUCCGUACGUGA